AUGGAAAAUAAUCAGUGUCCAUCUAAAAAUAAGUUGUUUAUUCCCGAAGAAAAGCUAACACAGGAAAUUGAUUACGAUUCCGUAGGUUCAAGCCGAACUCCAAAGAAACAACUGUUUUUAGAAAUUUUACAAAAAGGCUCAACUUUCCGGAAUUCAUCGCAAAAAGUAUUAGUGUCCAUAAAACCCAAAGCUCCCGCGAUUAAAACUUUAUACAUUGCAGAAAAGACCAGAUUUCAAUCUAAGAAGCGAUCUACUAAAUCAGGGUCUCGUUUAGCUAUCGGCGAUCAUUCCUCCUUUACUAGCCAAUCCAGUUCUGUUCCAUGUAGUCCUGAAUUACAGAAACAUAUUAACAAAUCGGCGAGAAAUAUACAAGACAGUUCCAUUGCUAUAUCAACAUGUGUAACCUCUAGUACUUCUAGAGAUGUUAAGAUAUAUAACACAAGAAAAAGAUCGUCAGAAACAUGUUACUUGUAUACAUAUCCCCAUAUGACUAUCAAUACUCCUAAGCUCGAUACAGUAACAGAAAAUUCAAAAAAUUGUUCCAACAAAGCAGAUAUAGGCACUUUUAUUGCCACACAUACGUCUUCAGAUUGCACAAUUUCCCCAUCUAUAACCGAUAUAAAAAAUAUACACCAGAGAUUAGAUUAUCUUGAAAAGAAAAUAUUAAAACAAGAAAUGGUAAUUAAGACACUUGACCUCAAUGCCCAGUUAUCUUCAUCAGAUGAUGAAAUAAAUAAUGAAAAAUCAAAAUCAUUUACUUGUACUGGACAACCGGGAUGCAGUUAUGUUGAAUACAGUCAUAUUCCAGAAACUUCGGCAUUCCAACGUUAUGCGCAACAACCAGCUCCACUCUCACCCAGUAAAGCUACAACUAUUCAAAAAGAACACAAUUCAGAACAAUAUGGUCGUGACUUCACUCUUUACGAUGGUAUCACCGCUCGUGGGCGACGACAGUGUGCUUCAGUACCUUGUAAACGGGAUGAUAUCCCUAAAAUCGCAGCUGAGAGAGUUCACAGAAUUCGACACAAACUAAAUCCUGUACGUGACUACAGACUUAUGGACACAGUUCAUUACCUAGCUCAAGGAGAAUUUGCCCCUCGGGACGAUGGAAUUAAACUAACUCCUUCGAGAGAAGCAGUAUUAAGUGAUAUUAUAUGGGAAGAUGUCUGUCGCACUCAUUGGCCCAGUACUAGACUCGGACGUCGAAUAGCUCAUCCAGAAAGAUAUGGUACAAGAUCUGAAUUACAAAGGCUCAUAGAUAGUUUAUUAAGGGAGCGUGUUGCUCAUGUAGAACGUAGACGUCGGCGGCACUAUAGAAUAGUAAAAUUAAAUAAUCGACAUGAAAACUGUCGACCUGCAGUUGGCAAAACUGGAGAUAUAAUUGUGGCUAGUAAUAAAAAUAGACGUGAAAAUGAAGAAAGGGAUGCUGCUGCUACCAGUGAUCAUGAAAAUGCAAGAGCUGUAAUGACAGAACGAAGAUUUGAAGAGCGUAACUCCCGUAGAGAUCAUAAAAGUCAAGAUCGCUUAAUGUAUCACGAUACAAGAUCACAACGCCCCUAUAAUCAAGAUGAUUGUACACCUGGUCCAAGCUAUGCUGUUCGCUCCAGUAAUAAACAAUCGACAUGUUGUUAUAGGAGUUCUAGUCCGACUAAUAGAAAAAACAUACAAGUGAACCAUGAACAUUAUAAUCGGCAAACUAGCGGUAGCAGCAUUAUAAUGAGUAAAGUGCGGCCAAAACAUCCUAGACUUGUUGUGAAGAAAAGUUCCGGUCGUCGAAAAUAUCAGUCCAAAGAACCAAACUUAGAACAUUACAUUUUAUUGCCAACAUUGGUGAUUCGAACGCCGUCGAACAUGAAACGACAAAAAAGAUUUAAUGAAUUAUAUCACCGAAUACUAAAUGGUCAACUGAAAAAUGAUCAACCAGACGUUAAGUCGGAAAAUGCAAGUGGUCGGAGUUCAAGCCUGAACAAAAAAGAUAUCGGCCUCAAUAUCAAUAUAACCCUGUCAGAAAGUGAAGAAAAAUUACACAAUAAAUAG